AUGCGAACAACUGUCCUUCUCGGAGUGGCCGCUUUGGUCGGAGUUGCUUAUUGGUGAGUCUAACAAUAUUAUGAGCCCGAGGUCAUCAUCCGAGUUCUCUUUCAGUGGUGGAUAUGGCGCUCAGGCCUACGGAGCCGGCGGAUACGGAAGACCGAACCAAUAUGGAAGCGGGUACAAUGAGGGUUUCAGCAACGGAGGUGGAUUCAACAAUUACAAUAAUGGAUUCGGUAAAUGAACACUAUUUCAUCAUCAGAGUCUGAACUUCAAGAAAUUUUAGGAAACAACUACAACAACGGACCACAACCAUUCGACAACAGCUACAACAGACCAUACGGAGGAGGAGGAGGAGGAGGUGGAUACGGAAGACCAUCCGGAUACGGAGCUCCACCACCACCGCCACCGCCGCCGCCACCACAACCAGAGCCAGUACCGGAGCCAGUUGCGGAGCCAGUGCCAGAGCCAGUCCCAGAACCAGUACCAGCUCCAGAACCUGUACCUGAGCCAGUUGCCGAACCGGUGCCAGAGCCAGUUGUCAAGCCGUAUAACUCCUACGCGCAACCGACAAACAGCUAUGUGCGACCAUACGGAAAGUAA